UCUCAUUGUUUUAACUGUUAAGAAUGAUAGUUUUGUGUUUUGAUUGAACUGAUUGUGUCAAGGAUGUGAAAGAACUCAAGUCUAUAUACAGUCAUACUGCCCCCUUGUAUAACCAGACACAGAGAGGAGCUCCAGUGUCUGGUGGAGAAGUGUGGGAACAGGUAUCAUGUUCUCAACAACAAGAACAGGAGCGACUGCACUCAGGUCACAGAGCUGCUAGAGAAGAUAGAGGACAUGGUGGCAGGAAAGAGUGAUCAUUACUAUGAGCUUGAUAAGAAGGUUUUAGAGGUGAUGGCACAGAGGAGGUGGGCAGAUAUCUGAUGGAAUAGUGAGUUUGUAUUGGGAUCUAUGAGAUCACUGACCCUCUCUCUGUACAACACACUGACACACUGCUCUCUCUCCUACAUCACCGACCCUCUGGUCUUUAUGCAGGAGGCUGACUCUCCUUUUGUUUGUUUGGCAGAAGAUCUACGUCCUCCCCAGGUGCACCAAGUAUCUUCUCCUGCCAGCCUACCCUGCAUCAGAAAAGAGUGGAAGACAAAGGAGCCGAAGACACUGGGAUGGAAGAGCAGGGAGAGAGGCAAAGAGCUGCUCUCCAACACUGCAGAAAAGACACUGAGAUUGAGAAAGAUUAAGAGACAGAGGUUGGAGGAGAGACAGAGAAAGACAAAGGAGCUGAGACAGAAGUAUGAAAGAAGGGAGAGAGCGAGAGAAGAGGAGCUGAAGGUGAAGAUGAGAAAGACACUGAAGGAAGAGGAGCUGGAGAAAGAGACAGAGGAGCCCAGACUGCCUGUCAAGAGGAGCAGUAAAGACUUUGAAAUUCCCUCCAGUCCAGCAGCUGAGGAAUAUUCACCUGGGGCACCCAAAACUGGGGGCUCACUGUCUGGGGGAGAUGAGCCUGAUGAAGUUAGCAGAACCAAAGUUCUUGGUGACGUGACUGAAUUUACACCUGAAAUAAAAAUCCAGAACAAGAAAGAAACUUACAGGUAUCUCUGCCCGUCCGCGGGUCAGUUCUGGUGCCGUGUCACUGGGCUGGUGUUUGUGAUGGCGUCGGGGGGCGAACUGGAGUAUCAGACCACACACUGGGACAUGGCGCUCCUGUCCCCCACUGGCCAGCUUCCUGCAGGACCCCUGUUUGACAUACACUGCCCCCAGGGGGCGCUGACGGAACUGCAGCUACCUCACUGCGAGAUCGAUGGCCGCAGGAGUGACUUCCUGACGGUGGCCCAUGUGAGCUGUGGUAAUCUUGAGGUGGUGUCGCCCCUGGGUGUGACGCAGACCCAUGUGAGGGUGUCCAUCGCCGGCCUGUCCCUGUGGGGCCUCGUGAAGAGCCUGUGGGACUCCAGCAUCCUGGGACAGGUGCUGCUGUUUCUGCAGCCAGGGGAUGGCGUGGACCUGCUACCCAAGUUGAACGUGUUUGUGCUCCCUGGGAACAUACUUCUCAGCCAGGUCACCGAGCAGCAGGACUGCAGCAGCACCCACAUUAAGACGAGCUCUUGCUGUAAGCUGACACCGCAGGCGAUGUACAGAGUGUCCAGCAGCAGCAAGGAGAUUGAGAUAAUCCAGCCUAAGUCCGAGUGCUUUUACUGCAGUUAUGGCCCGAAUUUCCACCCCACGUUCGAGGUUUUCCUGGCCCAUGGUGCAAGGAGUCUGGUUCUCGAGUUGCUGAAAGGCGCCACAAAGGAAGGAGAAAAGAGGGUGUGGAGGCGCUUUGUGCAGCUGCCAGUCCCUGCUGUUCGGACCAGGACCCCAAAGACUUCUGCCCCUCAGAGAAUCGCGCUCACCAGCAGCGAAGGGUGGGAAACAGCCUUGAAUGAAGUGAUCGAGGAGCUGGAAGCAGACGAAUACAAGAAGCUGAAGAACAUUCUGCACCAGGAGGGGAUGUUCCGGGGUUUACUGGGAGACAUCGAGAAGCAGGACCUGGCCCACAGGAUCGUCUCCCACUUCGGAAUGGAGGCGUCUGUUCACGUCGUUCAGGAAGCCAUGGCCAGCAUUCCUCGGAACGACGACAGGAUACAGAAAUUACUGAAGCCCUUUGUGGAGCAGCUGAGAUAGAGAAGGAGCAUAAGGACACCCUGUAGGACUACAGUGUUUCACCAUGAGGGAGUCACUCCGGAGGGACACACAGUCGUCCUCUCUCGGCUCACAGCAACGCCCCUGAGCCACACAGAGAGCGCGAGGAAGAUCACACAGGCUCCUCUGAGCCUGCACUGGUCCAGCCCAUGAACACAGCAGAGCUACCACUCUGUAGCCUGAUGCCCUCAGAGCUCGGAGCUCAGCAAGGCUGGGAGACUGUAAGGAAACCAGGAUGCUGCUGCUGUGUGUGGAGGUUGUGGACCAGCAGGUGGCGCUGUUGCCUCUUGAGCCGAAGUAUCCCCAGUAUUUUUAGG